CUCACAAGGAUUGGGAGAGAGUGAGUGUGGGUGAUAUUGGCCAAUUCAUGUGUGGGCGUUGAGGGUCAGUGCACGCUGGGUCAAACAGUAGUUUAAUCUCAAUAGUUUCCUUUCCUUCAUCUGAAUUCAUGUGGGUUAAAAACAGAACUGCUUAACAGGAUAGACCUAAAGUGUCAGCUAAAACUAUCUGGGACUGGACAAAGAGAGGACAGAGAUCCGGUUGUUUUGCUGUCAACCUGCAUUAUUAUGAAAUACUUGGCAGGAGUCCUGUUGCUCUUGGCAACAAUGCUCACGCCAGUCAACAGUGCAGAGCAGUGCCAGUGUCGGUGUGAUGAGGAGCGGUUGAACAUGGAACUGAGCUCGGUGGACGACCGCUACCCGACGUGCAGGGAAGAGAUGAUGGGGAACAUCACCGCGGGCGACCUGCUGACCAGGGAACGCCAGGCCAGCCCUUCUUUCUCCACCGCCUGGUCGCAAGCUGAACGCUGCAAUGUGACGGUGGCGAACCUCACCGACCUCCAUGUCACAGCGUUGACCCUCUACACAAACACAUACAACCGCACCUUCCCUUUGAUCUUCGACGUGGAAGCUAGAUCUCUGGGCCCCGACGCCAAUGUUUACCGCCGGUACUUCCUGUUCAAGUCCCUCCACUUCCUGCUGACCGACGCCCUGCGGCUCCUGAUAGGGCGGGAGGAGGCAGAGGCGGAGCAGGAUGGGAAGGGCUGCCUGCUGGUGUAUGCUGACAGCGGGCGCGGGGACAACUUGCGAGGGGAGGUGGGGGAUCAGGUGCGCACCGGGCACUUUGUCCUGGCGUCCACGCGGCGGUACAGCUCCAGCUUUGACCUGACCAUCCGGACGUGCCACGGGCACCUGCUGCCCCGCUUGCAUUCGCGCCACUGCCGCUCCUCUUCAGGCCUCAAUGUGCUGGUGCCACCCUACGAGCUGUUCAGGGUGGUGGCGGUAAAGAAGGUACCUAGCAACUGGAGAGGUGCUCUGACAUGGCACUUCUACCUGGAGUCUAUUGGCACUAUGACCAAUCUCAACUGCGCUAUGACUUCUGCCAUGUGAUCGGCAAGUUAGCUUGUACAAAGCUCUAAGCAAAUAAAGUUUGUUUGUUUGAAGAAUC